UUGCACUCCAGGGCUGUACACUUGCUGCACACUGACCACAGGGGUUGCUCACAGCUGAUCUGCACUCCAGAAACAAGAUGGAGAGGUACCACUUGGUUGUGCUUCUGCUCUGUGGCGUCUUCAUGUCAAGAGUCUUCAGCGUUACGUACAGGAAUUUUUCAAUAGACUGUGGAACUCUGUUGCCCGACGACCCAGCUCAGCCUCAGGAAUCUGAAUUGCCCUAUUCCAUUUCUGUGCCAUCAGAGGUGUACGACCCAGGAAGUGAAAUAAAAGUCGACAUACAAGGAGCAUCCGGAGCUGGAUUUAAAUGGUUUAUGCUACAAGCCCGAGACAUUGAUGAGAACAUCCCUGUUGGUUCGUUUCAAGUCACAGAUCCAAAUACACAGACCCACGACUGUUACAACAUGACGAAUUCAGCAUUAAUUCACAAGGACUCAGAAGAGAAGCACAACAUAUCAUCUCUUUGGGUUUCACCUGAUGCUAAAAAGGUUCAGUUUAUAGCGACUGUUUUUCAAGAUGCUGAAACGUACUGGCUGGUUCCUAGCAUAGUCCUGUUUCCUAAGCUUUCCAAUGAGACUAAAGUUGAAGAUGAGUCUAAAAAAGCCAAUGUAUCGUCAAAAAGUAGGAAGAAGUCCGUUAUCAUAAAAAUAGACUGUGGACCAGGAGGAGCUCAUGUAGGCAGCAGCAAGUGUGCCCAGGGUUCAACGUUUUCCUCUCAGGGUGGUAGCACUCAAGGCCAGGGAGUUAUAGUGUACCAAGGAGGUGUAAAGAAAGGUGGAGGAUGCCUUGCGGGUGCUACUGCUAAUAUCUACAACAAGUUUGGCUGCUAUGAUCCUGGUGUAAGCUAUGGUAGUGGCACUUCCUACGGACAGUCCGUUUCAACUGUUUCAAACCAAGGGAAGGUCAUAGUGUAUGCUCCCAGCCAGCCCUACCCACCCGAACGCAACACAUACUCAUCGCAACUGGCCAACUCUAAAUACAAACACAUUCAGAGCACUAUAUAUGGGGACAAAAUCAAGGCCCAGGGCUCAAAACCCCAAGAUGACAUCCGAAUAACCAUCCAGAGUGGACAACCUGGGCGAGUUUGUGAUAAGACUUCAUCCUCCUACAACAGCCAAGCCUGUAAAAUGAGUAUACAGUCACAGGGAGGCAGUUCCUACGGCUCUAAGCUGAGUGGAUCCUCUACUUCGGUUGGAGGCAGUGGAGUCUCUGUGACAUUCGGCGGCAGUGGAUCCCCUGGCUCAGUUGGUGGCGGCAGAUACCCUAAUUCAGCUGGCGGCAGUGGAUCCUCGACUUCAGUUGGCAACAGCGGGGUCUCUAUUACUUUUGGAGGCAGUGGAUCUCCUGGUUCUGUUGGCAGUGGAUCCUCAAGUUCGGUCGUGAGCAGUGGAUCCUCUUCUAAAGCUGGAGGUAGCAUCUGCAGGCAGGGCUAUACAACUGAUGGCAAUCCUUGCAAACCGGGUGGAUCAUCAUCUCAGCAAAGUUCUGGAAGUAUCCAGGGUGGAUCAUCAUCCCAGCAAAUUUAUGGAAGUUCCCAGGGUGGAUCGUCAUCUCAACAAUCUUACGGAAGUAGCCAGGGCGGAUCAUCAUCCCAACAAACUUACGGGAGUAGCCAGGGCGGCUCAUCCCAGCAAACUGGAAGCAAACAGGGUGGUUCAUAUUCCCAAGGAGGCAACUAUAACCCUUGUGGACUGGAUGGUUAUACCGGUAAAAUAACCAGCAGUAGCAACUGUCCACAGCGCGGACAAAGUGGAUCAUAUAGCGGUGGCAGCAGCGGCAGCAGCAGCAGCCAAUAUGGACAGGUUGGCUCAUAUGGCAGCAGCAACAGCCAAUACGGACAGAGUGGAUCAUACGGUGGUGGCAGCAACCAAUUUGGACAGAGUGGAUCGUAUGGUGGUGGCAGCAACCAAUACGGACAGAGUGGAUCAUACGGUGGUGGCAGCAACCAAUACGGACAGAGUGGAUCAUACGGUGGUGGCAGCAACCAAUACGGACAGAGUGGCUCAUAUGGCAGCGGCAACAAAUUUGGACAGAGUGGAUCAUACGGUGGUGGCAGCAACCAAUACGGACAGAGUGGCUCAUAUGGCAGCAGCAACCAAUUUGGACAGGGUGGGUCAUACGGUGGCGGCAGCAGCCAAUUUGGACAGGGUGGAACAUACGGCAGUAGCAGCAGCAGCAGCAGUACCCAAUAUGGAAAGGGUGGAUCAUUUGGUGGUGGCAGCAGUCAGUCUGGACAGGGAUCGCAGACUGGUGGACGUUACGGCAAUAUCAUUUGCGAUCAGGAGGCAUUCCAAGCUUUCGUCAGAAAGAUUCAGGAAAAAAGAGCACUUCCUGUAAUCAGAAAGGCACGGAGUGUGCAAAGCGCUCUCACCAGAAAGACUCGGAGUGAAAAAGCUCGCGCUCUGAUCAGAGCAGCUCGGAGUGAAAAAAAUGAAACCUCUAAUCCACCAAGUAUCAAUACCUAUGGCCAGGAUGGAUCAUUUGUGGCUUAUGCCAAUAGGCAGGGUGGAUCAUAUGGUGGUGGCAGCCAGGGUGGACAGAGUGGAUCUUAUGGUGGCAGCCAAUAUGGACAGGGUGGAUCAUAUGGCAGCAGCAACCAAUAUGGACAGGGUGGACAGAGUGGAUCAUACGGGAGCAGCAGCCAAUAUGGACAGGGUGGAUCAUAUGGCAGCAGCAGCAGCGGACAGGGUGGAUCAUAUGGCAGCGGCAGCAGCGGACAGGGUGGCUCAUACGGUGGUGGCAGCAAUCAGUAUGGGCAGAGUGGAUCAUAUGGCAGUAGCAGCGGCAGCCAGUAUGGGCAGGGUGGAUCGUACGGCAGUGGCAGCCAAUAUGGAAAGCAUCAGAGACGCAUGCAGCUGGGUCAGAAUAUAGACAUUUGCCUGUUUCUGAAGAACCGUAACGCAAAGCACCAGGAGCAGAAACAAUCAAUUCCUAAUUUUUUGCAGAACAACUCUUCCUCAGGAGGCAGUCAGCCUGGUGGAAAGGAAGCAGUCAGUCUGUUGGACAGGGGUCCUCAGGAGGAAGCCAGUCUGGACAGGGUUCUCAGUCAGGAAGUAGCCAGUAUGGCAGCAGCCAAGGCGGCCAAUAUGGUGGUUGGCAAGGAAACCAAUAUGGCGGCAACAGUCAAUAUGGUGGUGGACGAUACGGACAAGUAA